AUGGAGAGACAACCUGCCGAAAGUAUCAUUACUUGGGAUAAUCUGUCUGAAAAAUUCUUUGCAGAGUUCUUUCCCAUGGAGAAGUAUAAUAACAUGGUGAAUGACAUUACAUCGUUCAAGCAACAUCUGGGAGAGACAAUAUGUGCUGCAUGGAAUAGAUUUAAGGCGCUCAUGAGAAAGGUUCCUCAUUAUAACCUAUCUCAAGGCGAUCAGGUGAGAAUUUUCUUUAAUGGGUGUCUGCCUGAAACUAAAUUGGUGGUGAAUACUGCUGCAGGAGGUUCUUUGGGAGAUAAAUUAGCUUCUGAGUCUUACCAGUUGAUUGAUAAAUUGGCAAAGAAUGAGAAUGAAACAAGUACAAGGAUGGGUAAAAGAGGAGUGGUGCCAUUGAAUGAUCAGGAUGCUGUUUUGGCUGAGCAGAAAUUACUAUCUCAACAAAUGUCUAAUUUGAAUGCUAAAUUUGAGAGGCUGCAGUUGUCAAAAGUUCAGGCCAGUGCUGUUGGUGUUGAAUGUGAAUUCUGCCAUGAGAAUCAUGAUUCUAAUGCUUGUCCAACACUGAUGUCUUCAGAUUCUUCCCAACAACUGCAAGUAAAUGGUGUUUGGUAUGACCAGCGUCCUAAUCAGCAAAAUGUUCAAAGAAAUCAAAGCUAUUCUGCUGGCGGUAACAACUAUCAGAGGCGGAAUUAUCAAGGCACGGGAUUGGAUAUGAAGUCUGACAACUAUUUGAAGCCACCUCCUCUUCCACAAAAGGAGCCUUCAGAUUUGGAAAGGUUAGUUGGUUCUUUGGCGCAAAAUACAAAUGCUUUUAUGGAGGAGAGUAGAGCCAAUCAAAGAACUACCAAUGCUUUCAUUGAGGAAAGUAGAGCUGAUGCCAGGAACACUAAAGCUUCCAUAAAGAACCUGGAAAAUCAGAUUGGGCAGCUGGCUCAACAAUUGUCUGACAGAGCACCAGGCACAUUUCCUGGCAAUACUGUUACCAAUCCAAAGGAGGGGUGUAUGGCAAUAACCAUCAGGAGUGGUAAAGUGUUAUCACCACCAGAAAAGCCGAUAGUUGAAGUGGUUGCUGAGGAGAAAAAUGAAGAGGUUGAUAACUCUGAGAAAGACACUGAUAAUUCUCCUGAAGUAGUGAAACCCCUUGAUGAGGCUGGCAAAGAAAAAGAGCAACCGGUAAUGGUAGAAAAGAAAAAGUUUGAAUUGAGCCCGGAGUAUCUUGAAAAGAUGGCCCCUUAUCCUGGCAGAUUUAAGCCAGAGUUGAAAAAGAAGCACUAUGACAGGUUCCUUGAUAUCUUCAAGAAGCUGCAUAUCAACAUUCCGUUUGCAGAAGCAUUGGCUGGCAUGCCAAAUUAUGCUAAAUUCAUGAAGGAUCUCCUGUCCAAAAAGCAUUGGCUGGCAUUAGGGUUUUUGAUUCUGAAAGGGGAUAAAGCGAUUUUAUAUGCAUGUCCUAGACAUAGGUAUUCAUAUAUCAUAGAUGCUUAA